AUGCCCCAAUUCAACAUCCCCACCCUUUUCACAUCCCUAACACGCCACCCCUGGACUCUCUUCCGCGUACUAAAAUCCGCCAACCCGCAUGACAUCCAAGGUCCCCUCCACGGAACCGCAUCCUUCACUCCUCUCUCACCAACCUCCACCUCCACCUCCAACCAAGACCCAUCAACCUCCCCAAACAGCGAAAGCCAAAUCCUCUACACCGAAACCGGUACCCUCCCCACAACUUUAGGUCAAAACCUUCAAUGGAAGAAAUCCUACAUAUGGCGACUUACCCCCAUCAACGCUCUCAGUGUAUGGUUUGUGAAGGUGGCGGAGCCGGAGGUGGCGGAUUAUUUGUUUCAUGGGAUGGAGUUUAUUUCUCGUUCCAGUCAGGAUGAAGUUGGGCAGGGGGAUACUGGGAAGGAGGAAGGGGAAGGGUAUGUGAGUGCGCCGGUCCCACCAAACACUGCAGGAGAGACGGUAGUGGUUACGGCAAGGGGAAAUCAUCUUUGCAUUGAUGAUAUGUAUCGGACGGCAUAUGCGUUUCGGAUUAGGGAGGAGGAUGGGGAGGUGGUUAGUUGGGCGAGUCGGCAUGUGGUGAAGGGGCCGAAGAAGGAUCAGGAUAUUGUGAAUUAUUAUUCGGUGUAG